AUGUCAGUCGAGUUGAUAUCGACAUCGCUAAGGAUCGAGCGAAAUGAAACAUUCCUUUCAUUAGACGACUAUCUUAAUAUUGUGAUUCUAUCAGGUCAGAAUGGCUUUGGUUAUGUAUCAUUAUCGACAAAGGAAAGAGUAUUCUAUUGGUAUGAUUUAUCAACUACAAUUUAUACAUCACAAUUUAGCUCGGAUAAAACAAUCAAAGAUGCAAAGUUCUCAUCAAAUGGUAUAUACACAGCAGCACAGUUUAAUGAUACCGAUAUUGAAAUAUUAAAUACAAAGGAUGGUAAAAGAAUCAUUCAAACAACUAAAUUUAAAUCAACCAAAGGAACUGUUAUAUUGGGAUUCUAUUUCAUUUCAACAUCAUUAUUGAUCAUUACAAAUACAUCAUUGGAACUUUAUCAAAUCAUUGCAAACGGUGAUAACAUUCAAUGUAAACUUGUAAAGGAUACUAAAAUCAAGAUUCAAAGCUUUAUAUACUCUUCAAAAUCUGGUAUAUUAUUAUCAUAUGGAGGAGAUAAGAACAAUUCUAUACAACCAUAUAAAUUUACAAGCAACUAUAUAGAAAAGUUACCAAAGUUUGCGAUUGAAUCAUCGACUUUGUUGGACAUUAAUAAUUUGUAUAUUACUCUACUCUAUGGAAAGACCUAUUGCAUCUAUGGCGACAAUACUCAAAUCUCAUUCUAUGAGAUUAAUCCAGAGACUGUCUAUCGUACUCAGGUGAUCCAAUUGAUUCUGCCCGGAAAGAACAAUAUACAGUUUGUAGAUAAUCUCAUCAUUGUUCAUUACAAUGAAUUGAGUGUAGUGUAUGAUCUAAAAAUGCUUAAAGAGGAUUUCCCCAUUUCGGCCAUCCCAAUGGUCUACAAACCAUCACCUUCAUCUCCUUCGACCACCACUAGUGACGGUAGCAGUCCCAGCAACGGAUCGUCACCCAACACUAGCAGUCCGCGAUCGGGUGCCACUCCACGCAUCACUGCCUCAUCCUCCUCACUUUUGCUCCAACAACGCGAGAAUGCGCAACAACAGCAACAACAACAGCCGUCGCUGUAUGCACGCACUUGGCGUUAUGUGCACCCCAACUAUAUUUUCGAUAGUGCCACUGGACAGUUUUUCGAGGUGCGUCUCAACUAUGAAAAGAUUGCUCAUUUCUUCCAGGUGGAUAUUGCCGACAAGAUCAUCCCCUUUUUGCAACAGCGUUCAACCCAGAGUGCCAAACAGGCGUUGCUCGCACACAUCAAAACCAUGGUCGAGUUUAAAAAGGAUACCCUAGAGUCGUUUGGAAAGAUAUUCGACUCGCUCAACCAUGAUCUACGUAUCAUGACCGGUAAAAAUAACACUCUGAUGUUGCAAAAGCAUCUGACUGCUAAAAAGAUGGAUUCAAAUACUGGUGCCACCUCGACCAUGGGGUCAAGACUCAACCAUUCUCUUGGUAACACCACUCCUCGUACGUCGGGCCAAAACAACGAUGAAGAUGAAGACCUGAUGGGAGAUGUACAGACAAGACAAGAAACAAAUACUCCCGCUGCAAGAGGUAGUGACCUAAACAUUGGGUCAACCAGAAGAUUAAAUCAAUCCGCCAACAACACCAUCACCACCCCUCCACCUACACAGCAACAACAACCAUCUACUGGAUUUUUACAACAACUCAACCGUUCACCAACACUUACCAGUCAAAGUAUUAGAAGUACAUUUACAGUCAGUGAAGGUGAGGAAAUUGGUGGUAUGCAAAAGCCACCCAUGGUCAUGGCAUCGCUUUCACGUGCACCAACCAAUAUCAUUGUAAAUUCUGAAGAUCUUUUCGAACAUGUAUUUAAUCCAAUCUAUGAAAAGAUUGAAGAAGAGCUCAAAGUUAAUCAUAUUCACCAGCCACAUCAACCUCAACCACAACAAACCCUCAUCCUAAAAUCACCAACAAAAUCUAGUGAAAUCGAUUCUCGUUAUUUAAUUUCAAUCAUUACAGAAUAUCUUAGAUCUCUAAACUUUAGUCAUUGUGGUAUUUCAGAUAAAAUAUUCACUCUUUUAUUAAGUUUAUUUAUUAAUAAUAAUAUGUUUUCACAACUUCAUCAAUUUUUACAAUAUCAUGUUGUAGAGGAUUCACCAAAUAUUGCCUAUAAAUUAUUAUCAAUUUCAGAGACUUAUCCACCAGCAUUGCAACUAUCACUGGAUAUGUUCAAGAGGCUUCAAAUGCCAAACGUCAUUAUCCACACACUUUUGGAAAAGAAACAAGUCUUGUUGGCCAUUCGAUUCAUGAGAAGUACAAAAACAAAAUGCGAUCCAGAACCAAUCCUUCGUAUUGCCAAUGAAUCGAGUGACAAUAAUCUAUUCUUUGUCGUUUACAAAUAUUUUGAAGAUAACAAUCUAAUCCAAGGUGUCGCCAAUUGUGAAAAAUAUACUACCAUCUAUAAGAAAAAGUUCAAUGAAACUUUAUCUUUAGAUUAA